UGGCUGGUGUGCGGCGUUCGUGUUACAGCGACAUAGAAUCUGGCAUGCAGCUGCAUGGUGUGCACAUCGCCGCUACAUAGAAUAUGUGUUGCAGCUGUGUGGUGUGUGAGUCGCAGCUGCAUGGCGUGUGCGUGGCUGUUGCAUGGUGUUCAUAUUGCGACUGAGUGGUGUGUGUGUUGUGGCUGUCAGGUGUGUGCAUUGUGGCACGUACUUCGUGGCUGCUUGCCUCCUACAUGGCGUGUUUGUUGUGGCUGCGCUGCUUUACUGUAGAGGGAAAGAUCCAUGCGUUGGUCCAAACUGCCUAUCUUGCUUGUUUACAGUAUACUUCAUAAUGGCCAUUAAUAAUAAAAUGUUUGAUUAAGAAAAGUUAUAAAAUGGACCAUAAAGUUGACCAGUUUUAACCACCAAACAGUCAGGUGAUGUUUGUUUACUCUGCUUCAGAGUGAGAGCAGAGAUACUCCAGACACUGAAAGUAUAGUGAAAGGUGUCAGUUAUGUAAUUUUGCUGGUAUGAUGUCAGUAUGACUAUUAACAGAUCUUUUAACCGUCUAUUUUUGCUGAGAACCGCUGACCUCAUGAGUGAAAAAUAGGCGCCACGCCGCAUCUCAUUAAGUCCCGGUGCCGCGAGGCGUGAGCCGCCCAUGAGCCGCGAGUCUCGCGCCGAAACGAAAAUGACACAGAGCCGGCGUGUGCCGGGCUUAACGCGCGCGCCCGUGAGCCAGUUCUCACGGUCAAAGCGGCUGGCGAGCGGGAAGCAGCCGGGUCGCGCGGCCCCUGCUAAUCCCAGGGGGCUAACGAAAAGGCACGAUGCAGUGGUUUGUUUUUAGUUUCUUAAAAAAAAAAUCCACUAAUAUGUCGAUAGUCCACGUCCUUACGUAAGCGCAUUCCUGGGUACUGUGCCGUUAUUCCUGCCUGUCAAUGACUCACGGUGCCUCAGUAAUACGGAAUAAGCAGCCACGAAGUGGUGUCAUGUCAGCGUCCUGCUGAUUUUUCCUCAGGCUGAAAGCAGUCGGCCUUCGCUCUUCAAUAAACCCCAACUCCCUGGGGGCCAAAAAAAGCUUCACAUAAACAAGCAAGAACUUCAUGAGACACGAGGUUCUUGUGCUACAAGAUGGAGCAGGAAAUCUCCCGCGUGCAGCGCAAGAUGUCUGACCUGGAGUCCGUGCUGCAGCAGAAGGAUGUGGAGCUGAAGGCUUCGGAGACACAGCGCAGCAUCCUGGAGCAGGACCUGGCCACCUACAUCACGGAAUGCAGUAGCCUCAAACGCAGUCUGGAGCAGGCGCGCAUGGAGGUCUCCCAGGAGGAUGGCAAGGCCCUUCAGCUGCUCCAUGACAUCCGGGAGCAGAGCAACAAGUUGCAGGAGAUCAAGCAGCAGGAGUACCAUGCACAGCUGGAGGAGAUGCGGGUGACCAUCCGGCAGCUGGAGGAAAACCUGUCUGCAGCUCGUCGCCGAAGCGACCUGUACGAGUCCGAGCUGAAGGAGUCCCGGCAGAGCAGCGAGGAGCUGAAGCGGAAAGCAGCUGACUACCAGCAGAAGAUGCAGAAGGCUAAGGAGCAAGGCAAAGCAGAGGUCCAGGAGCUGCUCUCAAAGCUGGAGAAGACCAACGCGGAGCAGCAGACAAAAGUCCAGGAGCUCCAAGAUAAGCUGGCCAAGGCGGUGAAGGCCAGCACAGAAGCCACAGAGCUGCUGCAGAGCGUUCGACAGGCCAAGGAGCGUCUGGAGAGAGAGCUGGAGAGAGUGCAGAGCCGGGAGGACUCCAGUGAGAGCCUGCGCAAGCGCCUCCGAGAGACCGAGGAAGGCAGGAAGACCCUGGAAAACCAGGUCAAGAGGCUGGAGAUGGUGGAGAGGAGGGAGAACAAACUGAAAGACGACAUGCAGAUCAAGACCCAACAGAUACAGCAGAUGGCAGAUAGGAUCCUGGACCUGGAGGGGAGUCUGCGGCAAGCUCAGGCCACAGCCCAGCGCAUGGAGGCUCACCUGGUGCAGAAGGAGCGGCUCUACGAGGACAAGAUCAAGAUACUCGAGGCCCAAAUGAAGGCGGACAUGGCUGAAAAGGAGACCCUGGAGUCCAAACAAGCCGAGCAAGAGGGAGAGACCCGGGAGAAGUGCAAGCUCCUCGGCGAGCAGAAGGCGACCAUCAACGCCAUGGAGUCCAAGAUGAAGAACCUGGAACAGAGGAUUGCUGAGCUUACAGAGGCCAACAAACUAGCAGCCAAUAGCAACAUCUACACCCAGAAGAACAUGAAAGCCCAGGAAGAGAUGAUCUCAGAGCUGAGGCAGCAGAAGUUCUACCUGGAGUCGCAGGCAGGAAAGCUGGAGGCACAGAAUGCAAAGCUGGAGGAGCACCUGGAGAAGAUGAACCAACAGGAGCAGAGCAACAAGGGCCGUUUGCUGGAGCUGGAGACACGGCUGAGGGAGAUGGGCCUGGAGCACGAGGAACAGAAGCUAGAGAUCAAGCGGCAGGUGACCGAACUCACGCUGUCACUGCAGGAGCGAGAGUCCCAGAUUAGUGCCUUGCAAGCAGCACGCAACACCUUGGAAAUCCAGCUGCAGCAGGCCAAGACUGAGCUGGAGGAGACCACUGCAGAGGCAGAAGAGGAGAUCACGGCCCUGCGGGCGCACCGAGAUGAGAUUCAGCGCAAGUUCGAUGCCCUUCGGGACAGCUGUGCGGUGAUCACUGAUCUGGAGGAGCAGCUCACACAGCUGACACAAGACAAUGCUGAGUUGAACCGGCAGAACUUUUACCUGUCCAAGCAGUUGGACGAGGCAUCGGAUGAGAAUGAAGACCGCCUAGAGCUUAGUCAGGAUGUGGAUCGGCUACGGAGGGAGGUGGCUGACCGGGAGAUGCACCUCAACAACCAGAAACAGGUAUGUCAUCAUCUCAUCAACCAGAAACACAUACAUCACCGUCACCAUCGCAACAACCAGAAACAAGUAUGUCAUCAUCUCAUCAACCAGAAACACAUACAUCACCUUCACCAUCGCAACAACCAGAAACAGAACAUCGAGACCUUGAAGACAACGUGCACCAUGCUGGAGGAGCAGGUCUUGGAGUUGGAGACGCUCAAUGACGAGCUGCUGGAGAAGGAGCGGCAGUGGGAGGUGUGGCGCACGGCCAUGGAGGAAGAGAAGGGCCAGGCAGAGAGGAGGAUCCGGGAGCUGCAGAGGCUGCUGGACAGCGAGAAGCAGAGCAGGGUGCGGGCGGACCAGCGCAGCACCGAGUCCCGCCAGGCAGUGGAGUUGGCAGUGAAGGAACACAAGGCGGAGAUCCUGGCCUUGCAGCAGGCACUGAAGGAGCAGAGGCUAAAAGCUGAGAGCCUCUCUGACACACUGAGCGACCUGGAAAAGAAGCACUCCAUGUUGGAAAUGAACGCCCGCAGCUUACAGCAGAAACUGGAGACUGAGCGCGAGCUGAAGCAGAGACUGCUGGACGAGCAAAGCAAGCUGCAGCAGCAGAUGGACAUGCAGAAAGCGCAUAUCUUCCGGCUGACACAGGGCCUGCAGGACGCCCUGGACCAGACCGACCUGCUGAAGACAGAGCGUACAGACCUGGAGUACCAGCUGGAGAACAUCCAGGCUGCAUACUCACACGAGAAAGUGAAGAUGGAGGGUACUAUUUCACAGCAGACCAAGCUCAUCGACUUCCUGCAGUCCAAGGUGGACCAGCCUUUGAAGAAGAAGAAGAGUAUUUUUGGCCGCCGCCGUGAGGAUCUUGUGGGUUCUGGUGUGGCCCAGUCUCAGGGUCAGGUCCAGACCCAUGUUCAGACCCAGAUCCCAGCUCAAGCUCCAGCAUCUGUGCAGUAUAACGACAUGAAAGCGGCGCUGGACAAAGAACGAGCACGCUGCUCCGAGUUGGAGGAGGCUCUGCAAAAGAUGCGCUUGGAGUUGCGCUCCCUGCGCGAGGAAGCGGCCCACUUCAAGGCCCUGGAUCACAGCGCCCCAGGGCCGACCCCCACCACCCCAGCCUUGACGCGGCAGCAGACUGUCCUGUCAGCCGCAGUGAAGUCCCCGGAGCACCAGGCCAAGCCCAGCAGCCUGGCUCCCUCCAACUCUGGCCGAAGAAAGGAGGCUCCUACGCCAGAAGAGAGGAGGAGGGUCACCUUUGAAAAGUACAGCCGGCGCGUGAAGGAGCGGAUCCACCAUGGCGGCCCGCACCGAUUCACCGUCGGGCUGAACAUGAGGGCCACCAAGUGCUCCGUGUGCCUGGACACCGUGCACUUCGGCAGGCAGGCCACCACGUGCAACGAGUGUCGAGCUUUGUGCCAUCCAAAAUGCUCCCCCUGCCUUCCAGCCACGUGCGGGCCGCCCGCCGAGCACGCCGCGCACCUUCUCUCUGAGGGCCUGUGCCGCGACAAGGCCGGCUCGCCCGGUCAGCAGGCCAAGGAGGCUGGCGGCCACGUGCGUUUGGAGGGCUGGAUGAAGCAGCCCAGGAACGGGAAGAGGGGUCCUGUCUGGGAGAGGAAGUACGUGGUGCUGGAUGGGACCAAAGUGCUCGUCUACGAGAUCGAGCCCCGAGAAGACUCGGUGAAGCCACAGGAGGAGCUUGACCUGUGUCCGUCAGAUGGCGAGCUGACCGUGCAUGGAGCCGUGGGCACAUCCGAGCUCAUCCACACCACCAAGUCAGAUGUCCCCUACGUGUUGAAGCUGGAGUCCCGUCCCCACGCCCCCUGCUGGCCAGGCCAGGUGCUGUACUUCAUGGCACCCAGCUUCCCUGACAAGCAGCGCUGGGUGGCGGUUCUGGAGUCGGUGGCUGCUGGCGGACGUGGCUUUAGGGAGAAGGCAGAGGCCGAUGCUAAGCUCCUGGGCAACUCUCUGCUGAAGCUAGAGGGAGACGAUCGACUGGAUAUCAACUGCACCCUGCCACUCACUGACCAGGUGGUGCUAGUCGGCUCUGAGGAAGGUCUGUAUGCCCUGAACAUCAUCAAGAACUCUCUGGUCCACAUCCCAGGCCUGGGCUCUGUCUUUCAGAUCCACAUCCUGAAAGAGCACGAUAGGCUGUUGAUGAUCACAGGAAGUGAGAGGGCGCUGUGUCUACUGGAAAUCAAGAGGCUAAAGCAGACGUUGUCGCAGUCUCAUCUUCCGGGCCAGUCCGAUCUUGCCCCAUACAUAUUUGAAACUGUCAAAGGCUGCCAUCUUUUUGCUGCGGGCAGGAUUGAUAAUGGGUCGUGCAUUUGUGCCGCGAUGCCCAACAAGAUCAUCAUCCUGCGCUACAACGACAGCCUCAGCAAAUUCUGUAUCCGGAAGGAGAUUGAGACCUUGGAGCCAUGCAGCUGUAUUCACUUCACCACCUACAGCAUCAUUAUUGGGACCAACAAGUUCUAUGAGAUUGAGAUGAAGCAAUACGUGCUAGAAGAGUUCCUGGACAAGAACGACUCAUCCCUGAGCUCAGCGGUCAUUGCGGCUGCCUCGCACAGCUUCCCUGUGUCCAUCAUGCAGAUCAGCAGCAGUCCACAGAAGGAGGAGUAUCUUCUCUGUUUCCACGAGUUUGGCACAUUUGUCGAUGCCAUUGGCCGGCGAAGCCGCUCAGAAGACAUGAAGUGGAGCCGACUGCCCCAGGCUUUCGCCUUCAGGGAGCCUUAUCUUUUUGUGACCUACUUCAACUCCUUGGAUGUCUUCGAGGUGCAGGGACACAAUGGUGUUGGCCCACUGGCCCACGUGCACCUGGAUGUCCCCAACCCUCGCUACCUGGGCCCGGCCAUCUCCUCGGGGGCCAUCUACCUGGCUUCCUCCUACCAGAACAAGCUGCGGGUCAUAUGCUGCAAGGGUAGCCUGGUGCGUGAGUCCAGGGAACUGCAGCGGAGCAGCUCCAGCCGCAGCAGUCCAAACAAGAGGGGCCCCCCUUCCUACAAUGAGCACAUCUCCAAGCGGCUGGCGUCAGGGCCCAUGUCUGUAGACAGCGCCGGCCUGCAUCGCGAACCCAGCACGCCGCACCGCUACCGCGAAGGUCGCACCGAGUUCCGGCGUGACAAGUCACCAGCGAGGCCGCUGGAGCGGGAGAAAUCGCCGGGCCGUGUGCUGGACAGCCGGCGGGAGCGGUCGCCAGGGCGGGGCUUUGACGAGAGGACCCGCCUCCACACGGGCUCGGUGCGCACGCCACUCACGCCUGUCAACAAGGUCUGGGAUCAGUCGUCCGUCUGAAGCGGCCGGGAGCAGGCAGGCGCACGGACAGAGAAGGCAAAUCCAGCGUAAACGUGAGAGAGACUAUCGGCACAGGAGAGAGCGCCGACCCGCUUCAGCCUGCCGCCUGCGGUCCUGUCCCGUCUGCCGUCACUGACGCUCUUCUGCAGUGCUCAGGGUGUAACUCGCUUCCUAUGGUGCAAAGUGGCCACAGCUGAAAAUCAAAGUGUUAAAAAGUCACUGCAUAUCCCUCUGUGCCGCAUGGAUGGCCCUCAGGCCCUGCCUGCACCUCCUCUACCCUCCCCUCUCCUCUCCUCUCUCCUGGCACCUGCUUCUGGUCUCGGUGACUAUACAUACUGCUGUUUAACAAGGCACCUUCAGACUCAUCUCACCUUGAUAUUUUUUACAAUAAAUGUACAAGUGGAUUAAAUAUUGAAGUACCCCUGAAUAAUCGGCUUCUGUAAUGUGUGGCUUUUCCAAAUUCACUCAGGAGACUUAAACACAGAGACUGAUGCCAGAAGCAUUUCUGAGGCAAUGGAACAUAAGAUGAAUGUGCUCAGGUUCUGCAUGACCCACUCGUUCAAUGGGAAAAUCGACGAGGCCAGUGUCUGCAAGCCCACAGCCCAAACCUGCACACCACACACAGGCCAGCAUGUGCAGGGCAGAUGCCAAACUUUAUUGGUUUCCUUUAACUCUACAACAAAUGUAAUGCUCGACAAAUGUAAAUCCAACACAAAAUAUUCAAACUGAGCAAAGGAGCACUUUUGUUGAUGAUAUUGAUGAUGUUACAGGAAACAGCUAUGUACAGCUAUGAGGUCAUUACAAACCAAGAACAGGAGGAGGGGGCACGUGGGAACUAAAGGGGGGAGGAGGGGCAAAAACAAAAGUGGGAUGAUCCCCCGAAGCACACAGAUGAUCGCAGUGUACAAGACCCAUGUGAUGACAGCUUGGCACUGGACUCUGCCCCCUACCACAGACCCAAUCAGCCCUUUUUGCUUGACGGUGGAUCGGCCCUGUCAUCCUGCAGAGAGCUGGCCAGGCACGCACAGGCUGUGGCAGCUCUCCGAGAAAAUGGGGGGGGCGGCGAAAGGGAGAAAGAUUAACCAACUAACAGCAGAUAAUAGGAACCAAGAGCAGCCAAGCAUAGCAAAGAGCUCAGCAGUCACUCUAGAGCACCUCUCACAGAAACUCUCCCUCAAUCUCAGUCAGUCAGACAGACAUGCGCACAUAGACAGACACGCGCACGCAGACAGACACGCGCACGCAGACACGCGCACGCACAGACAGGCACACGCCUCAGUAAAGCCAGCAGCCUUUCUCAAUCAUAAUACUGUCAAACUCAGUGUAAUUUUAUUAGAUGUAGUUUAGUGGCAGUGACUACUUUCUAAAUUUGUGCAAAAAAAAAAAAAAACUCAAAGUAAAUUGAUUCAGAGAACAUUUCACAGCCUGGAAGA